AUGCCUCGAAAAAGUGCUUUCAGAGCGGGCUCGAAUUUCCAAGCCGCGACCGUAACUCGUCGUUCAUUCCGCUUUCGUGACACGCACAUAUACACCAACCAAGACAGUAUGAGUGCGUCAGAAGUUACCACGGAGGCUCGACUCAAUAGCAAUUGCAAGGGCUGUCGAAAAAGGAAGAUCAGGUGCAUCUCAGGGCCUUCUAUUUCCCACCCUUCGCAAGAAAGGUGCAACCGCUGCAGAAAACUAGACAUCGAAUGCAUCUUUAAAGUUCCAGUGACAAGGAAAAGACGGAAACGAAAUGAAACAAGGAUCCAUGAACUUGAGCAAAAGCUCGAGGAAGUUCAGCGCGCGAUCGCCACAGGACCCCAAAGAGACCUGCACAUACCACCAACCUCAGAAGCCUCCAUAACGCCCACAAGUACAAAUUACUCAUUCCCAUCAAUUAUGUACAACUCAAGCACUUCUUCCAGUCAACCUACAGCUUAUGGGACUCCCAGCGAAUCCCCCACCAAGGGAGACCCCGUAUCUCGAGGAAUUAUUGAAGAAUUAGUUGCAGAAGAAUUACAAAUCAAGUUCUUCACCGAGCUUUUACCGUAA